UCGAUCGCUGACAUGUGUUUCUGUGUAUAAAUAAAGCUAAAAAAUCAGGUUUAUUCGCUUAUUUGAGCUGUUAUAUUUUUUUUUAAAACAAAAGCUACACAACAUAUGAAAGUUUGAAGAUUUUGCUAAAAUAUAUGUACAGUGAACAAAAAUGACUGAUUUUCAUUUACCACAGAAAAGAUAUUUCCGUCAAAGGGCUCAUUCGAAUCCAAUUGCCGAUCAUGAUCUACAAUACCCUCUGAUGCCAUCAGUGAUGAGUUGGAAAGAACAUUAUCCUGCCUUUUUCUCUGAGAAUAUGCAGAAUAAUGAAACAAUGAAAGAAGUUGAAUUUGUGGAUAUUGGAUGUGGAUAUGGUGGCCUGUUAGUUGAAUUAUCACCAUUGUUUCCUGAAACUUUGAUGCUUGGAAUGGAAAUUCGUGUAAAAGUGUCAGGUUAUGUACAGCAGCGCAUAAAAGCUCUGCGCAGUCAAAACUCUGGAAAAUAUGACAACAUAGCCUGUAUUCGAUCAAAUGCUAUGAAACAUCUACCAAAUUUUUUCCAUAAAGGACAGCUUAGCAAAAUGUUUUUUCUGUUUCCAGAUCCACAUUUCAAAGCAAAGAAACACAAGUGGAGAAUUAUCAGUCCUCAGUUGCUUAGUGAAUAUGCAUUUGUCUUGAAAACUGGGGGAAUAGUGUAUACAAUAACAGAUGUCAAAGAAUUGCAUGAUUGGAUGGUUAAACAUUUGGAUGAACAUCCCCUAUUUAAAAGAAUAUCUGAUGAGAAACUGGUGGAUGAUCCAGUGAUUGAAAAAAUGCAUGAAAGUUCUGAAGAAGCUAAGAAAGUCACCAGAAAUAAGGGGGAUAAAUUUCUUGCUGUUUAUGAACGAAUAGAAGAUCCUUAUUCCAAAGACAGUCUUGUAAUCAGCAGGUGUGAUGAUAAUGAGAGAUCUGAUGCAAUGGAAAGUUAA